UAGCCCUUUUGGAUUUUUUCUCCCAAACUCCAUUUUUGAAAAAGCGCUUUCUGUGGUCAAAAUACUGUGUGUGACACAGUUCAGUGUUGCAAUGUUCACAGAAGCGGCGAGGUCGUUUCUUCAGUCUUGGGACUUCCAUCUUUCAACUGACAGCACACUGUGUUGAUAUCACAACAGAGAGUCAGGCCACCGCGCUUGUUUAUAUCAUAUACGCAUGCGCGCACGUCUCGCGAGAUCUUCCUUAUAACAAUAACCUCGCAUGUGAUUGGAGGAGCCAGACGAGAUUGUCGCCUUCGUCCAAUCACGUGCGAGGUCACGGCCUAUGACGAGUCAUACAGCGGUACAAGACGAGCAUAUAACAGACACAGUUUGGUGUUUGUUCUCAAAAAAUUUUCUACAUUUCCUGUGUUUUUGCUACUUUGCGCUUUCGUGAGAUCUACAAUGGCAGGACGGCGUCUAGCCUUCAGCUCUCCUUCAACUCCGCUGCAUGGACGCGACCAACCCCUUUCAUCCAGUCCGCUGACCGAUGAGAAGAAACUGCUGAAUGCUUUGAGUGGACUGUCUCGUCAGCUUACUCUGCUUACGUCCAAUGUGAAUGAGCAGUUUGCCAAUGUGAACGGGCAGUUUGCCGCAGUAAACUCCAGGUUGCUGACCAUUGAGGAUAGGUUGGCUGCUUUGGAGUCGAAAAACUGUAACGGUACUGUGGAAGAAAAUAACUCCAAGAAGAGAAGACGGGCGAACAAUCCCAAGAUUGCGGAGGCUGUACGGCGUCUUCAUAACUCUGAGGCAAACUGCAGGCGCUAUGAACCAGAGCAAGGACUAACGUCGCCUCACAACGAAGCCGUGACCUCCUAUUUGCUUGGGGCUAUUUCAGCAAGUCCCGAUUUAACCGCUGAGAGUGACGACAUUGUUUCUGCCUGUAAGACGUAUUAUGAGUCGGUACGCCGGAGCUUCAGAUACAAACAACCUGAACUCGCAUCGCGGGCGGAAAAUGCGAAAAGUUUAGCUCGGAGUCGAUCCAGAAGAAAAAGGUUGCUGGAAGCGAGACGAAGUGUGCUGGCUGAGGAUGAGAUGGAAAUUUGGAGGUGCGCCACCAUAGAUCUCAUGUCUGAUGAGGAAGACGGCAUUGUUGACGGGGUGUCUGGAUGGAUUGUGCGGCCACCGCCCUCUCGCAGCCUGGAAACUCUCUGA